GGCAUGGCACAGCUGAGCAGGCUCUUCCACUUGAGAAUUUCACUUCAGAGAUCGAGGGGAGGGGGCUUUUCGUCCUCCUCGUCCGUCCACCUGAGGCUGUGUUCCGCACCAGCGGAGAUCGACCCCUCCGGCUCCGGGAUCGGAUACUUCCUUCCUUUGCUGCGUGCCUGUCUGCCAGGUUAGAAAAAUGAUUAAUCUUUUCAAAAUAAAGGGCCAAAAGAAAGAAGAGGCAGCAAGUGCUGCUGGAAAAGCCCAUGUCAAGAAGCAAUCUGCUGGUGAGCUCCGUCUUCAUAAAGAUAUUAGUGAGCUCAACCUACCAAAGACCACAUCAAUUUCUUUUCCGAAUGGCAAAGAUGAUCUGAUGAAUUUUGAGAUCAUCAUCCGACCUGAUGAAGGAUAUUACAUGGGAGGCACUUUCGUUUUCACCUUUCAAGUGUCCCCAUCUUAUCCUCAUGAGCCUCCAAAGGUCAAGUGCAAGACCCAGGUGUACCAUCCAAAUAUUGAUCUGGAAGGAAAUGUAUGUCUGAACAUUCUGCGUGAAGAUUGGAAGCCUGUUCUCAACAUCAAUACUGUUAUUUAUGGCCUGAAUCUUCUUUUUACGCAACCAAAUGACGAGGAUCCCUUGAACCAUGAAGCAGCGGUUGUCCUUCGUGACAAUCCAAAGAUGUUUGAGGCUAAUGUUAAAAGAGCAAUGGCUGGAGGCUAUGUAGGUCAACACUAUUUCCCAAGAUGUGCUUGAUGGUGCUGGCAGCCAAACGUUGAUUUCUUAUGCUGCUGCCUUGAGCAAUCCGGGCCCCGGGAUCUUAACACCAGCAUGCCCAGCUUUAUAGAUUUGUGUGGUUUCAGCGCGCAAAGGCGCUUCUGGAAGCCUGUGAAUCGCUCUUCGCUCAUGGUGCGAUGUGCCUGUUUGCCCAUUGUUGUGAUAUAUUUAAAACCCAUAAAUUGGUGAACUGGUAGUGGUACAGAUGACAAGGAUAUCCGAACUGUAUAACUAAAUAUGUCCUUAACGAAUGGGAAAUGAAUCCAUAAACAUUGUAUCCACAAUGAUCGAAAACAAUUUAAGGUGGGGCAAAGUGAAAAAAUGUAUUCUUUUCAACUUAGGUGCGCCAAAA